AUGACGACACCGUCGGCGGCAGCAGCUGAGAGCCUGCAUCGAUUCAUGAAGUCGCGUUCCGAGGCGCGAAACAAGCAGAUGGAGGAACAACACAGACAAGAGGAAGAGGCCGCCCGUGCGGCCCAGGAGCGACGCGCGCAGGCGCUACGUGCCCUCGAAGAUUUCACGCGAAAGCAAAAUGCGACCCACAAUCGCCCCACCACAUCUUCUUCGUCUGCGGCUGCACAGAAGCAGAAGAGUAUGAGAAGGAAGACCACGAUAGGAACUGAGAUUAAAUCAGCCGCAAUCAAAGAUGAGGCACUUGUGACGGAGAAGAGGACUAAAGUGAGCAAGGUGCCUCCACUCCCGCUCGCUGGCCUGACAUGCGGCAAGGAGAACGGUCCGCCCACCGGCAAGCAGCAUCUCGCAACUACUACUGGCAAGGGCCACCCAACUCGGAAGGUCGGCACGGCCUUGAGCAACCUCAAUCCUCCUCAUCUGCCGACCACUGGGGCGACCAAAACGGCAAGCAAGACAACAAGCAACGGUGACAAGGCCAACGCCAAGCUUUCACAGCACCUGGUGGCGUCACAAGCAGCCAAGAUCAAGGCCAGCCGGCGCAGCCUCGCGCCGUUGGACGUCGCUAGGACCGGGUCGCGGGCUAAGAAUGCUGAAGUCGUCCGAGAGCUCGAGCACAGCGCAAAGAAGGCUGUGGGCCGUCGACGCAGCAUGCUCCCCUCCACGAGCGCCUCGCUGGCGGCGGCCACCGCCGAACUCUCCCUCGAUCCGGUGGCAGCCUCGGCCCCCGCGUCCACCGAAGUCAGCCUGAUGGAGAGCCUCGCACCGCCCUCUGGCGCUGCCUCUGCCAACACAUCGUCCAUUGCGGACCACUCGGCCGUGGCGCCUUCCGCGAAGCCCAAAAAGCGACGGGUCAGCGUGGCCGUUGCCCGAUUCGCGCAACCCACCAUCGCCGCGCGAAUGCGAGUGGCGGCUGUCACAGGCAACAAUCACGAGGCCGAGAAGGCCGAUGCCAUCAUCGAGCGUCGGCGGAAGCGGAGCACCCUGUCAGCCUCGACCGUAGCUGGCCUCACAUCAGCUGGAGCGGUGACCGCCGCUGCAGCCGCCAAUGGCGCGUCAAGCGUGUCGUCCGCCACUGCUACGGUCGCGGAGAGGCGUCCCAGGCCAACGACAAGGCCCACGGCCAGCGCUCCAGUGGUGGUCGACGAGCGGCUGGAGAAGAGGCGAAAGGCGCGCGAGGAGCGGGAGCGGGAGCGGAUGCGCAAGAAGAUCACGGCCUCGAUCGAGCGCGGGCGCAGCCCCACGUCGCCCAACCUCCCCGCGCCGGCGACCUCAGUAUCGCGCGAGCGGCCCGCGAAGAGGGACACCACGACCGACGCCGCCGCACGCACGGUCUCGGGGGGCACCAGCAAGCCGAGCCGAUUGGGCGCCGGCCAGCAGACGCCCACGGCACCGGAGGUUGCCAAGGAGCGAAAGAAGCGCUACGAGUCGGUUCUGCCGAAGGACCUGUCGUCGCUCCUCGAGGAGCAGACGCAUGGGUCGCCCAUGGCCGGCACUGCGGCCGACGGCCUGCAGAGUGGCGACACGAAGGCCAGCGGCGAGGAGGGCGCGAAGAUGAAGAAGAGCAUCGAGGAGCAGAGGGUGGAGGAGCUGAGCGAGCUGAUGCUGAGCCACUACACUGAGGACGAGGCCUCGGAUUCCGACGACGACGAUGACAACGCUCGUGAAGCGGGGGAGACGACACACGAACAGAAGCCACAACGGCUCUUCCAGGAGGACCUCGACCGACAACAAGGCGAGCCUGGCGACGGGGAGGACGAUCACGCAGGCGCCGAGCACGGGCGCGACCACGACCAUGACAUUGAUGAUGACCCAGAAGGGGGGCUGUGGGAGCCCGUCGUGGAAGAGUGGAGGCUGCGAGUGUGCGCCGGCGUGGGACAGGGACUCGCCUCGCUCGCGAGCGAGGAGGAGCUGCUGUGGGAUCUGGUGGAGGAGGCGCUUGCCUCGGUGCUGCCCCAUCCGACCUACGUGCCCGCCACGCUGGGCGAGGAGACCACGCUUGCCCGACUCGUGCAGAAGAAGAUAACCGACUGGACGUCAUACGGCAAGGGCCGGGAUGAUGUAGAGGCCAUGCUGCGUGCGGGCAUGCUCGACAAGCACGAGAGGUGGGAGGAAGUGGAGCGCAGUGAACUGCUGCACCUCAUCUCAACGCAACACAUCGUUGGCGCCUUUUGA